GCAUGCCCCGCUGCUGACCGCCGCGGGCAACCCUCGGACUUGGCCUUGGGGGACCGUGGGGGAGCUGGGGAGCCCCAGAGCUGCAGCUGAGGUGAAGAAACUAAACCCAGGAAGGGGAGGGGACUUGUUCAAAGGGAUGCCUGUGGGAGGCCUGCUGGGAAGGAAAGCAGCGGAGAGCCCUCUGGCCCGAGUUUAGGCUGCAUCACACUGCAGUGUGCUCAUGUUCUCUCCAGCUUCCGCCUGCUCAGAGGAUGUGAGAGGACUGUAGUUGGGAGCCCCCGGAAGCAUGGAGACUGUGGUGAUCGUCGCCAUAGGCGUGCUGGCCACCAUUUUCCUGGCCUCAUUUGCUGCUUUGGUGGUGGUCUGUAGGCAGCGCUACUGCCGGCCUCGAGACCUCCUACAGCGCUAUGAUUCCAAGCCCAUUGUGGACCUCAUUGGUGCUAUGGAGACCCAGUCUGAACCCUCCGAGUUAGAGCUGGAUGAUGUCGUCAUCACCAACCCCCACAUCGAGGCCAUUCUGGAGAACGAAGACUGGAUUGAAGAUGCCUCGGGCCUCAUGUCCCACUGCAUCGCCAUCUUGAAGAUUUGCCACACUCUGACAGAAAAACUUGUUGCCAUGACAAUGGGUUCUGGGGCCAAGAUGAAGACGUCAGCAAGUGUCAGCGAUAUCAUCGUAGUGGCCAAGAGGAUUAGCCCCAGAGUGGAUGACGUUGUGAAGUCAAUGUACCCUCCGCUGGACCCCAAGCUCCUGGAUGCACGGACAACUGCCUUGCUCCUGUCUGUCAGUCACUUGGUGCUAGUGACCAGGAAUGCUUGUCACCUAACCGGGGGCCUGGACUGGAUCGACCAGUCACUGUCUGCCGCCGAGGAGCACCUGGAAGUCCUUCGAGAGGCAGCCCUGGCUUCGGAGCCGGACAAGAGCCUCCCCAACCCCGAGGGCUUCUUGCAGGAGCAGUCGGCCAUUUAAAGCCUCAAGGUGCCAGUCUCUGCCCCUGUGUGAGCCUUCUCUUCCUGAGGAUUCAAUUGUUCCCACGGAGUUCUUGCAGCCAGUCUUCAGUGCCAAGUAAAGCUGAGAGCCUCACGCUGGAUGCCUCUGCUGCAAUAGCAAACAGUGGCUGGAGAGUGGCAGUGUAACACCACAGUUAGGGGGGACGCCUUGUACCUGUACAGCAGAGUACAGAAAGCCGAAGGGCCCACGACUAGAUUCAGUUCAUUUAAUGUCUCCAAGAAAAAUUGGCUUGCCCUCUAAUAAUCAAGAGGCACCACAUUGAAUUAGAAUUUCGGGCUUCUGAAAAUCAAGGUGUGGCAACCCAGAUCUGCGUUUUAGAGGACAAUCAGAACUAAGUCGCUAAGUUGAGAUUGUCUCUUGGGGUGACCCUUGCACUCCCCUUGCUGUUCUGUGUUCAGUACUUGGUCCCUGAAGCUUCUGAGCCUCCUGCCCCCAUUCCUCUUCUCAUGCACCUUCCCCUCUCCCCAUCUGUUUUAGAAGCUGAAAUACAAAGUUGAUUGUUUCACUUUUAUCACUAUGCCUGCAAUUUUACUUUAAAACCUCUAGGUGAAAUAGUAAAUUUGUUCUUCUGUUUUCCUUAA